CGACCGACAAACCACUCCUCCAAUAUGGCGUCCUCUAGGACAGAAGAAAGUGCAUUCAAAAUGGACAUCCACAUCACAAGAUUCGAGGAUUCCUCGCCAGUGUUCUUUAAAGUUGAUGGUGAAAGGUUUAAGGAGACUCAGACUCUGAAACUACAAGUGGACACGUCGUAUAAACUUUCAUUUGAGUUUCGUCCAUCGAAGGAAGUGAGGUACGUGAGAUAAUUAUUUGGUUGGGGUAAACACCAUUUAUUUCCUUGUCACUGAAUCGUAAAUAUUAACUUUUGCGUUUUUCGUCGUUCCUGUAAGACUACCUACGAAGCAGUUUUCUUGCAUUCUUAGCCGAAGAAAUGUUUUGAUCAUGUAUAUUUGAUAGCAGCUCGCGGUUCACCUAAGUGAAAUUAAAAGCAUCGAUUAAGCUGUGAAGUUUUAUACUAUUCUUUUCAUAGUCUGUGUGUUUUAAAUUAUUUGUAUUCUUUGCUCUACGUCAUCCGUAGAUAUAAGAAGUUCUUUCACCGAAUACGAGCCAGACUUAAGCUUGCAUGAGCUUUAACCUUAACUUAUAGAAAAGAAUUACUCUGAGAGAGAUUUGCCACAAAGAAUGAAGACCUAAAUCACUGUAGUUAUGGUUAUGUGGUUAACUUAUGAACACUGCCCAAUAAGUCACAGUGUCUGUCAUUCAUGGUUCAUGCUUUUGAGGUGUCAAUGUCACUGCAAUCCCGAGAGAAUUUAAAAUAAAAAUAUUUAUAUCGAUUCAUCAGUUUUACAUUCCUUACAUUCAAUUUUAAUUUGUUGUCAUUAUUGAUAUAAGAAGGAAUCAGAUGCCAGUAACUCUAAGUGGUUAACCCUUUAUACCCUAACAUCAGUAUCCAUUUUCUCCUUUCUCUCCUCUAUACAUUCCCUUUGUUACUGACAAGGAGAAUUGUUUAACAAGGUUGGCAAUCAUUUCCCUUUGUUUUCAUAAUCUUUAUGAAUGAUUCAGCUGUAUUACCCUAAGGAGAAAGUAGAUGCUGGUUACUCUUAGGGACAGUUAUCUAAAAAAAAGAUAGGCUGUUGUUUAACAAAGCUGUAUUCUAAACCAUUGUCAAUUUUGCUAGUGAAUCUUUUAUCUGAAUAUUAGCUUCUGUGAACAGCUUACAGUGGAACAAAAGCUAGCAUUGGGGAAGACAUUUAUUUUAUUGAAUCAACCCUCUUAUAGAGAAUACCUAAGGCCCAUUGCUUGUGUAAAACUGAGGUUUGCAUUAGACCACAGGUAAAUAACCAGCCCUUAGAGUUUAAAAGGUUAAAGGCUGAAGGUAGGUGAAUGUAAAUUGAUUUUUAUUUUUUAUUUCCACUUUUCUACAACAGUGAAAUUUCUAUUGGUGGAGGAAAUGUUAAGCAUGAACUCAAGAGAAGUGAUGAAAGAUCUUCGGUGUAUGAAUGCUCAUGGUCUACAAAUGGGAUGAGUACAUCCAAAAAUAAAGACAGACUUUACAUGAUAAUUUUUGUGAAGUUUCAAGAUGGCAAAGAGAUGAAUGCCAGAGUACAAUGCAAAAUGUAUUCCCUGAAGGAAAAGGAUCACGUCAAGUGGGGGACAUGCUUGAAGAACCUGCAAAUCGAUUGUAAAGUGCGAGAUGGGCAGAAUGUUGUUGAUGUUAAACAGGUUUUACUCAAGUGAUCAAGUGCCAACGUGAUUCCUGUCAAUUUUAAAUGGUUUCCUUAACUAAAAAAUAGCCAAUUGCAAGUCUAGAUUUUGUUUAUUACCAAGAAGGUAUGGCUACUUGGCCUAGCCAAUUGGUCAACUCACCUGGUGUUUGUGGUCUGUAAAUGUUACAUGUUUCCAAGUUUAAUAUCCACAAAAUGGGUGAGCAAUUUAGGUUUUCUCAAUGACAUUCAAAAUUUUAAAUACAUGUUUAGAAAAAAUAAGGUAUUAUCAAUUGUAUUUUUAUCUUUAAAAUGUUUGUAAAAUAUAGAAUAUGAACAGAUUUCUUCAAGUUACAAGAGAGAGAAAAACUUGAAAAACACUAUUGCUCAAUUUUGUACCAUUUUUCAAAUGUCUUUGACAUCUUUUCAGUAAAGCAUUGUGAAGCAUUACUAUAUAUGGUACAUCAUCUUUAUCUAUACACUGUUACACUCAUCAUAAAAUUGUUAUUAUAUCAUAUUUUAGAGAUUACAAUUCAAAAAUUAUUUGCAUAACAGACAUAAGGAUAUGUAUUUGAAGGGGUUGCCUUUUUUACCUCAGAGUGAGUUUAAUAUUAGUAGUUGAUAAGUACAUUUUCCUUCCUUUAAUUUUAUCCUCAGUACUAUUGAUCUGACAUGGGGAGAUAGGAACAGGGCCAAGGAAUUACUAAGAGUACUGGAUGCAUCAGGAAGAGGUCAAGGGUUUGAUUCCCAGACCAUUUGUUUCACCCCUUUACUCCUGUGGUGGACCAAGACAGCAUUUCUCCUCACAGUAUCGAUACAAUAUAAAGCAAACAAGUAAUGAGAAUAAAGAAAAAUGUAAGUUAGAGGAUUACUAGUGGAUCCAAUAUCAAACUCUCUGAACUAACAUCAUAAGAAUUGUAUGACAGACAGUAAGGAGAAUUACCAAUGAGAUCUGGGAGUGAGAGGGUAAAUAAAAAACUUGUUUGCUUCCAUGGUCACC